AUGGCAGUCUCAACUUCUUCACCACGAUUGCACUUCGAACCUGAUAGUGUACCGUUACCUACUUCAUCUGAUAAUGCAGAACCGGCUUCUCCUGCAUUAUCGUCUUCGACAGCUCUCGCACGUUUCGAAUUCGAAUCUGGCCGAGGAAAUGAAGGAACAAAAAUAUUGAUGGUAGAAUGGGAAGAUGAAUCUACCGAAGGAUCCAUCAAAAAUAUGGGAGAUUGGGAGGUAUCAUGGGAAGGAAAAAGUACUGUUCUAUCCGCACGAGAUGGUGCAGAAGGGAAACUUCAUCGACUUUACUUUCUACUGGCUCCAGGAGCUAGCAUACCAAGAAUCAUAAAGUUAUCACAAGUGGGAGGGAAGAUGAUUCAAACAAAUCCAUUACCUGCGAUAUUCCCACCCGAAUUAGGAUUGACUGCACGACAAGCUGGACGAAAAGGUGUGUUACAUACAAUCUGGGCGAAGAAAAGGAUAUCCGUCUUACAAAGGGAAAUCGAUGAGGAAAUGAAAACAAAUGGAGAGGGAAUAGGUCUAGAAAUGGCCAUGCAGGAAAAGCAAUGGAUUGAGGAGAACUUUGGUGUUGGGCCAAGAGUUACACAGCCGGAUUUACAACAGAAUGCUACUCCAACUAGUCCAAAAACACCCAGUGGUGGUAGGUUAUCCGAGAAGCUUAAGGGGUUGAAAUUAGGAACUAGUGCCCACGACUUAAGUAAUGUUUCAGAACCCAAAUUCGAAAGUCAGCAAAACCCAUUAUCUCCUGAGCAGGGUGAUGUCGCUGUAUCGUCUUUCUCCUUGUUUCAUGGGGGAACUUCGCGCCAUCAACCACGCCUUGUCGCUCAACAUCCACCUAAUCAUUCCUCACAAUAUGGCAUGAGUUCUCUAAAUGCUCUUGCAAUUGGUGAUGUGUCACGAAAAGCAUCAGAAGAUCAAACCGAAGAUGAAUUAUUUGCCAUCAAAAUGAGUCCAAGAAGUCCGGAGAUGACAAAAAGUCCUUUUAGUUUCGCAACUAAGGAUGUAGCUUUGAGUAUGGCUCAAAAGAAUUAG